UGUGCCGGCUCCCAUGGCGGCGGUGCCGCCGCCGGUCUACGUAUACAGCCCGGAGUACGUGACCCUCUGCGACUCCCUCUGCAAAGUGCCCAAGCGGGCCAGCAUGGUGCAUUCACUGAUUGAAGCGUAUUGCUUGCUUGACCAAAUGAAGAUAGUCAAGCCAAAAGUGGCCUCCAUGGAGGAAAUGGCGAGUUUCCACACAGAUGCUUACCUGCAGCACCUGCAGAAGGUCAGUGAGGAGGGGGAUGAUGACCACCCGGAGUCUGUGGAGUAUGGACUGGGUUACGACUGUCCAGCCACUGAAGGGAUCUUUGAGUAUGCAGCGGCUGUGGGAGGAGCCACCAUCACUGCAGCCCAGUGCCUGCUGGAUGGCAAGUGCAAAGUAGCAAUUAACUGGCCUGGAGGGUGGCAUCAUGCAAAGAAACAUUGUUUUCACAGGGAUGAAGCUUCUGGUUUCUGUUACCUGAAUGACGCUGUCUUGGGGAUCCUGCGACUGCGCCAGAAAUUUGACCGCAUCCUUUAUAUUGAUUUGGAUUUGCAUCAUGGGGAUGGAGUUGAGGAUGCCUUUAGUUUCACCUCGAAGGUCAUGACUGUUUCUCUGCACAAAUUUUCACCAGGAUUUUUCCCAGGCACUGGUGAUGUGACAGAUGUUGGCCUGGGAAAAGGUCGCUACUACAGCGUGAAUGUGCCCAUUCAAGAUGGCAUUCAGGAUGAAAAAUAUUACCAGAUCUGUGAAUCAGUGCUGAAGGAGGUGUAUGCCGCCUUCAACCCUGAUGCAGUUGUGCUGCAGCUGGGGGCGGACACCAUUGCUGGAGACCCCAUGUGCUCUUUCAACAUGACACCUGAGGGAGUGGGGAAGUGCCUUAAGUAUGUCCUGCAGUGGCAACUAGCAACUCUUGUCCUGGGAGGAGGAGGUUACAACCUUGCCAACACCGCUCGCUGCUGGACAUACUUGACUGGGGUCAUCCUUGGGAGAACACUGCCCUCUGAGAUCCCUGAUCAUGAGUUCUUCACAGAGUAUGGUCCCGAUUACGUGCUGGAGAUCACACCAAGCUGCAGACCAGACCGCAAUGAGCCACAGAGAAUUCAAGAAAUUCUGAACUCUAUCAAAGGAAAUCUGAAGCAUGUUGUUUAGCAGAAAAGGAAGGCUCAGGCAAGAGCAUUUCCUGUGGGGAAGACAGCAUAUUUAUGUGAACAACUGAUGAAAUUUGUGGCUGCAGGGAAACUUUCAAAGAAAGUACUGUUGGUUGGUUAAUUUUUUUUUCUCUUUAAAGAAGAAAAGCUGCCGCAUGCCACAAGCACUGUGGCUCUCCCCAGGCAGGAUUGGCCCUCCAGCCACAGCCUUCCAGUGCUGGCAGAGCCUCCCUUGCUCCUUUCCCCUUCCUUUUUUAACACCACAGUUUGUUCUCACAACUGCUUUUAAAUGUAUUUUAAGAGAGGAGCUGCUCAGAGCUGUGAGCCCUCCCCAGCUGGAGCCCAGUGCUGUGUUACCUACUUGGCAAGGCCACAGCCUCAGAACUGCCCACUUGGGAAGUAGAGUCUGAGGGCUACCCUGGUUGUGUCUCUUACCCGCAGAAAGGCACAGCCAUUGUGGUUUUAACUGGGAAUUUUAAAAAAAAUAAAAUACUUGAAAUACUCUUCCA